AUGGAUGGAGAAUACCAACACCAAAUUGCAUGCCUCGCACCACUACCUAAUCAGGGAUGGAUCUUCCCGGAAUCGCUCAACCAGUGUAUCAAUACCGGUCCAGAAGAAGACCACGAAAGCUGCAGCGAUUUCAUCAUCAUCUCACUCACCGGUCAAUGUAUUGAUUUACGACCACCGUUACUAAUCAGGUUACAGGUUUGACUUUGACUACUGCUAUCCUUAUGAUGUUGGAGUAAUCACAUCUUCUUCAUGAAACCAAUUCUGCGAAAAGGAGAUCCAAUCGCGGCUCUCUUAUUAGAUAAAUGGAAAGAUUUUUAUAAAGACGGAUAUCAAUUGAUGGGGCAUCUUCAUCCGGGACCGCCUCCAAUGAUAUCCCCUAACCUAGCUCUAUUCCAUCGAUACCGGUUGAAAUUGAUUUGAGUGAAACUCCAUGGGAUCCAUCCGAUAGAAUUUUUUUUUUCAAAUUAUCACCCUAAUCAAAGAGACAAAAUAAGGCAAAAAAAAUAAUUGAUUAGAGGACCUUGUCAACUGUGUGAUCAUACAUUUCCAACAAAAGAGAUAGGAGGUAGGACAAGACGUUUCAAUCCGGCUUGGUUUGAUCAUCGUCAAUACACAGUAAAUGUUUGGAGUAUAGUAAAAAAAGAAAAUUAAGCUUUUUAUUUGUGUUGUUACUUAUUUAAAGAUGUAUCAAGUAAAAGGGGCGGCGGUGAUACUUUUGUAACAUAAAGUUUUAGUUCUUGGAAUAAACCGGAAAGACUUAAGACUCAUGAAGUCAAUUUUACUAGUUCCCAUUUCAUACCACCUAAAAAAUCUGAAGAUUUGAUGAAACAAAAUCAAUCUAUUGCCACUGUUCUUCAUAAUCAAAAUGAUGCUAUAAGGAAUGAACAUCGAAUUCGAUAAAAUGUUUCCAUUGAUACAUCUAGAUGUUUAUUGAAAUGUGCAUUACCUUUUCGUGGUCACGAUGAGUUUGAAAUGUCUCUUUUUAGAGGAAAUUUCUUGGAAGUAUUGAAUUUGGUUCGGGAUCAAAAAGAGAUUGUACGGAAAGUUAUGUUACGAAACGCUCCCGGGAACAAUCAAAUGGUGGUUCCAUGUAUUCAAAAAGAUAUUGCUCAUUGUUUAGCACAAGAAGUACUUAAAUCAAUUUUUGAAGAAAUUGGUGAUGGUGUUUUUUCUUUAUUAGUUGAUGAAUCCAUCGAUAUAUCCAAAAAGGAACAAAUGAUGAUAGUUUUGCGAUAUGUUACAUGUGAGAUUGUAAAAUAAAUGUUUAUUGGUCUAGUUCAUGUGAAGGAGACAUCUGCGUAUUAUGUUCAUUGCUUUCCUCACCAACUCCAACUAGUCAUUGUGGCAGUUGCAAAAAAAAAAACAUCACGGCGUUGGAGACUUUUUUGAUAUGGUAGCUGUUCUAAUGAAUGUUGUGUGUGCUUCUUGUAAACGUACAUAUAUGAUGCGCGAAAGUUAAAAAGAGAAACU